GGACCGGGGUCGGUACCGGGGGUCCCUCCCGCGCCCCCCCGGCGAUGCGGCGGAGAGAGCGAAGGAUGUGGCUGCCGGGGCUCCCCUGGGCUCUGGCCCUGCUGCUCACCGCGGCCGCCUCCGGCCCCUCGGCGGAGCCCGCGGACCCCGCGUCCAUCUUCGCCGACCUGUCCCCGGCGGAGCUGCGGGCCGUGCGCGCCUUCCUGAUGGAGCGGCCGGAGCUGGGGCUGUCCCCGAGCCGGGGGGGCCCCCUGGCCAAGAACUCGCUGUUCCUGGUGGAGCUGCUGCCGCCGCCCAAGCGCUCGGCGCUGCGCUUCCUGGAGCACGGCGGGGCGCGCCCGCGGCGCGAGGCCCGGGCCGUCAUCUUCUUCGGGGCGCAGGCGGAGCCCAACGUGACCGAGCUGGCCGUGGGGCCGCUGCCGCGCCCCGCCUCCUACCGGGCGCUGCCGCCGCGGGGCGGCCGGGCCGUGCCCUUCUGGGCGCGCCCCAUGACCCGCCUGGAGUACGAGCUGCUGCACCGGGCGCUGGUGGCCGCGCUGGCCCCGCUGGAGCCGCUGCUGCGCGAGGCCACCGGCUUCGGCUUCCAGAACUGCUCGGAGCGCUGCCUGACCUUCUCGGAUGUGGCCCCGCGCGGGCUGGGCCCCGGCGAGCGCCGCACGUGGCUGGUGAUCCAGCGCUUCGUCGAGGGCUUCUUCCUGCACCCCGCGGGGCUGGAGGUGCUGCUGGACCACCGGGACCGCGACCCGCGGCGCUGGGCCGUGCUGCGGCUCUGGUACAACGGGCGCUACUUCGGCAGCGUGCGGGAGCUGGCCGAGAGCCACGCGCGGGGCGCGCUGCCCCUGGCCCGCCUGCCCGAGCCCCCCGCCCGCCAGCUCUUCUCCAGCUACGAGCCCCGCGGGCGCUUCUCCGCCGGGACGCCCACGGACGCGCACGGCGCCAAGGUGUGCGAGCCGCAGGGCCGGCGCUACCGCCUGCGCGGCAACCGGCUGGAGUACGGCGGCUGGAGCCUGGCCUUCCGCCUGCGCUCCUCGGCCGGCCUGCAGCUCUUCGACGUGCGCUUCGACGGCGAGCGCGUGGCCUACGAGCUGAGCGUGCAGGAGGCCGUCGCCUUCUACGGCGGCCACUCGCCCGCCGCCAUGCAGACCAAGUACAUGGACGCGGGCUGGGCCAUGGGCGCCUCCAGCUACGAGCUGGCCCGCGGCGUGGACUGCCCCGAGACCGCGGCCUUCCUGGACGCCCACCACCUGCUGGACGCCGACGGGCCCGUGCGCUUCCGCCGCGCCCUGUGCGUGUUCGAGCUGCCCACGGGCGUGCCCCUGCGCCGCCACUUCGACAGCGACUUCCAGGGCGGCUUCCACUUCUACGCGGGGCUGGAGGGGCGGGCGCUGGUGCUCAGGACCACCUCCACCGUCUACAACUACGACUACAUCUGGGACUUCCUGCUCUACCCCAACGGCGUGCUGGAGAGCAAGGUGCACGCCACCGGCUACAUCCACGCCACCUUCUACACGCCCGAGGGCCGGCGCUACGGCAGCCGCGUGCACAGCCACCUCCUGGGCAACGUCCACACGCACCUGGUGCACUACAAGGUGGACCUGGAUGUCGCAGGCUCCGGGAACAGCUUCGAGACGAUGGACAUCCGCUUCGAGAACAUCUCGAGCCCCUGGAGCGCGGGCGCGCGCGUGGUGCAGCCGUGGCUGCACCGGGAGCCGCGGCGGCGGGAGCGCGAGGCCGCGCUGCCGCUGCACCGGCCCGCGCCGCGCUACCUGCUCUUCUCCAACCCGCGCCGGCGGAACCGCUGGGGCCACCGCCGCACCUUCCGCCUGCAGCUCAGCUCGCACGCCGGGCCCGUGCUGCCCCGCGGCUGGCAGGAGGAGCGCGGCGUCACCUGGGCCAGGUACCACCUGGCCGUGACACGGCGCCACGAGAACGAGCCCAGCAGCAGCAGCAUCUACACCCAGAACAACCCCUGGGACCCGCCGGUCACCUUCGAGAGCUUCAUCCGUGACAACGAGACCAUCGAGGACCAGGACCUGGUGGCCUGGGUGACCGUGGGCUUCCUGCACGUGCCCCACGCCGAGGACAUCCCCAACACGGCCACCCCCGGCAACGCCGUCGGCUUCUUCCUGCGCCCCUUCAACUUCUUCGGCGAGGACCCGUCGGUGGCGUCGCGGGCGCCGGUGAUCGUGCGGCCCCUGGACCCGCCCGCCUGCUCCCGCCUGCACAUCCAGCGCUGGACCCCGGCCAGCCCCGGGCCCUGCGUGGACCCCGAGCCCUUCACCUACAACGGCACCUACCGCGAGGUGUGACAGGACAGGGACAGGGGACAC